AGUCCAGGGAGCGCGCCGGGGGCGCGGGCGGCGGAGCAGUAAAGAUGGUGGCGCGCGGGUCUCCGCCUUCUGCUCCCGGCUGACGCGCUCUGAAGGAGGCGGCGGCGGCCCCCGGGGCGGCCGUGACCUAGCGGCGGCGGCGCGGCCGCGGCCGCCGGCCCGAGCGAUGGCCGAGCUGGAGCACCUGGGCGGGAAGCGAGCCGAGUCGGCGCGCGCGCGGCGGGCGGAGCAGCUGCGGCGCUGGCGGGGCUCGCAGACGGAGCAGGAGUCCGCCGAGCGGCAGGCGCGCUCCAGCCGCGGCGCCCCCCGGGUGCGCUUCGAGGACGGCGCGGUCUUCCUGGCCGCCUGCUCCAGCGGGGACACGGACGAGGUGAAGAGGCUGCUGGCCCGGGGGGCCGACAUCAACACGGCCAACGUGGACGGCCUCACCGCCCUGCACCAGGCCUGCAUCGACGAGAACUUCGACAUGGUGAGGUUCCUGGUGGAGAGCGGGGCCGCCGUGGACCAGCAGGACAACGAGGGCUGGACGCCCCUCCACGCGGCGGCCUCCUGCGGCUACCUCAACAUCGCAGAGUACUUCCUCGACCACGGGGCCAGCGUGGGCGUCGUCAACAGCGAGGGCGAGGUGCCCUCCGACCUCGCGGAGGAGCCUGCCAUGAAGGACCUCCUUCUGGAGCACGUGAAGAAGCAAGGGGUCGACCUGGAGCAGGCGCGGAAGGAGGAGGAGCAGCGGAUGCUGCAGGACUCCAGGCAGUGGCUCAACAGCGGCAAGGUCCAGGACACCAGGCAGCCCCGCUCCGGGGCCACCGCGCUGCACGUGGCUGCCGCCAAGGGCUACUCCGAGGUCCUCAGGCUGCUGGUCCAGGCCGGCUACGACCUGGACGUGCGGGACCACGACGGCUGGACGCCCCUGCACGCCGCUGCGCACUGGGGCGUGAAGGAGGCCUGCUCCAUCCUGGCCGAGGCCCUCUGCGACAUGGACGCCCGGAACAAGCUGGGCCAGACCCCAUUCGACGUGGCCCACGAGGGCCUCGUGGAGCACCUGGAGAUGCUGCAGAAGAAGCAGAGCGUGCUCCGGAGCGAAAAGGAGGCGCGGAGUGCGCUCAUCGAGUCGGGCCUGAGCGGCGGCGGGCUGCAGGGCGGACCCCUUCGGAACAAAGAGAAGCUGCUGUACGAGGAGGAGACGCCCAAGGCCCAGGAAGUGGAGGAGCAAGACAAGGAGUCCAGCAGCUCCAGCUCGGAGGAGGAGGGCGAGGACGAAGCCUCAGAGUCCGAGGCUGAGAAGGAGGCAGAUGGGGAGCCUGAGGCCGUGAGCAGCCUCUCCAGCCCGGAGAGCAAGGGCUGCGGGGAGGAGCCCGUCCCGGCCCCAGCCCUGAACCCCUCCGCCACCCCGGCCCGGAAGCCCUGCAGCGUCUUGAACAAGCCGGAGGAGCCCAGAGACGAGUCCCCCUCCUCCUGGCGCCUGGGCCUCAGGAAGACCGGCAGCCACAACACACUGAGCACGGCCACCGACGCCCGGGAGGCCGCGAGGGACCGGGGCUCCGCCCUCUGCCGCUCCGCCUCCAGCCCCCGCGUCUCCUCCCUCCUGGACAACAGGGACAAGGACAGAGACGGCAGAAGCUACUUCAGCUCCCUGGCGCCCCGGAGGUUGGGCAGCCCUCGCGACGCCGAGGAGAAGGAGAACAGAGAGUCGGCGGCGAACCUGGUGCGGAGCGGCUCGCACGCCCGGCCGCCGCGGAGGGACGAGGCCAAGGGGCACGAGGCGCCACAGACCGCCACCCCCUCCACCUAUGUGUCGACCUACCUGAAGAGGGUCCCCAGCAAGUCCCCGGCUGACGCCCCCGCAGAGAAGGCAGACUCUGUUUCGUCCAGCACCCCGCUGUGCGUGAUCACCAACCGCCCCCUGCCCGGCUCUGCCAAUGGGCUCUCGGCAGCCACUCUGCUGUCCGCGCCCGGCUCGGACUCCUCCGCGGCAGCCAGGGACCGGCGGAGGUCCUACCUGACGCCCGUCCGGGACGAGGAGGCCGAGUCUCUGCGGAAGGCGCGCUCCAGGCAAGCUCGGCAGACCCGCAGGUCCACGCAGGGAGUGACACUCACGGACCUGCAGGAGGCAGAGCGGACCUUCAGCCGGUCGCGGGCCGAGCGGCAGGCCCAAGACCAGCCUGGCCGGAAGCCCGUGGGCACGGAGGGGCCAGAGGGCCAAGCCGAGAGGCCUGAGCCAGCCACGGCCACCGCAGAGGAGGCCGGGGAGGGCCGCCAGCCCUCGGGCCAGGGUCUGCGGGAAGAGCCUGCACCCGGCCCCCCGAGGGCUGCGGCCCAGCCCGACGAGCCCGCGCCGGCCGCGUCCCCGGCCGCCUCGGGGCCCUCCCUCUACACCAGCUCCUACCUGCUGCGGGCGGGCAGACCCUCGGCCCCCAGCCCGGAGCGUCUGGGGACGGAGGGGGCGGACCCCAACGAGACCGAAGAAGCAGGUGUGGACGACCCGUCCGCUGGCGGGCUGUCCCUCCGUGAGAGGCGGCGGCUCAGGGAGCGGCGGAGAGGCACGGGCAUCAGCUUCUGGACCAAGGACGGCGACGAGGCCGAUGGCUCUGAGGAGGCGAGAGAAGCGUGGCACGAAAGGCUCUCCAGGUUGGAGUCCGGGAGUAGCAAUCCCACUGCCGGCGACUCCUACGGCGACCGGGCGUCCGCGAGAGCCCGCCGGGAGGCCCGGGAGGCCCGCCUGGCCACGCUGACCGGCCGCGGGGAAGAGGGCAGCGGCAGGGACUACAAGAAGCUCUACGAGAACGCCCUGACCGAGAACCAGAAGCUGAAGGGCAAGCUCCAGGAGGCCCAGCUGGAGCUGGCGGACGUCAAGGCCAGGCUGGAGAAGAUGGCCCAGAGACAGGAGAAGGCUCCGGAGAGGUCCUCGAUGCUGGAGGUGGAGAAGCGGGAGCGGCGCGCCCUGGAGCGGAAGAUGUCCGAGAUGGAGGAGGAGAUGAAGAACCUGCACCAGCUAAAACAGAUCCAAACGCUGAAGCAGAUGAACUCGCAGCUGCAGGCCGAGAACAGGGCGCUCGCCCGCGUGGUGGCCCGGCUCUCGGCGUCCGCGGAGGCUGCGCCGCCGCAGGGGCCGUAGCUGCGGCCCCUCCUCCACCGCUGCAGGUGCUGACAGAGCUGAAGUCCGACAACCAGAGGCUGAAAGACGAGAACGGCGCCCUCAUCAGGGUCAUCAGCAAACUGUCCAAGUAGCGCGGCCGUGGCCGAGGAGGCCUGGCCGGCCCUCGGGCCCCCCACCCCCCCGCCGUCCCUGCCCGCCCGGGGAGGGUGUGCGAUGAGAGGCCACCUGCCCCGCGGCCACCAUUCUGCCCCUCUGCACCCUGCUCCACGCGCACCUCUUGGGUCCCCCGCCCCAGCGGGGCCUCUGGGGGGCCAGCGCCGGCCCAUGCGGGGUGCCGGACGGGGGGGACCACACCACUCGAGGGCCUGUUUCUGCUGCAUCCCAGGCACGAGCGCGAGAGGCCCUGCUCGCUGCCACCUCUCGGGACCUGGCUUCCCUGCUCCUCGUGCUGGUGGCUCCGGGCCACCCACCGGCCCCCACCCCCGUGGUCCUCGCCCGGGCUCAGGGGGUCCCGGUCCGAGGAGGGGUGGCGGGGGUCCGGGCAGUGGGGUGGGCGCGGGUGGGGACCCUGAGGAUGGGCAGCUGGCGCGGGAGGUGUGGGGUGAGAGUUUCUGGUGGCCGCGUGUAGAGAGGGACGUUGGUGUCCUGAGACGCCAGCAGAAGUCUCAGAAGUUGGCAGGGUGACCAUCGUGGAGUCAGAGUCCUUUGGUCCAGCUUUGCACCCUCAGGUGGCCUCUGGGUCAUGGUCACUCAAAAGCUGGGCGGCUCCGGCAGCCAGGGAGCUGCCCUGAUGUUGGGGGAGGCCCGUGGGUGCCCCGAGGGGUCCCAGGCCCUUCAGCCCUCGCACUGUGUGGGUGGCCUCACCCCCCUCCCGGCGCAUGAACCCUCGGCCUCCAGACAACCCCCCCACCUGGCAGCAGCGUGUGCCGGCCCGGCUGUCCGGCCACACUCGUCGCCCUCGGACCCCGUCCCGCACGAGGGCCGGCGUCAGCUCGAGGGUGUCUGCCUGUCUCGGGCGUCUUGGCCGUCGGUUCUGCAUGCGGGUCCCUCACACGCUGCUGGUCCCCGCAGCCGGGUCGCUGCGCCGGUUCUCAGCAAGGCUUGCACUUGCCUCUGCCCCCGCCCCCCCCCCCCCCCGUGCCCCUCCGCUCGUCACCCAGCUUGGGGACUCGGGACCCGAGUCUGAGCGCACAGGGCCCACCGCCCCCACCCUCUGCCCCAGCAGCUCCCUCGGCUGGGACCAGCGUGGUGCCGGCGAGCGUGGAAGUGGGUCUCGGGGACUCUGGCUCCGGUGGGAUGUCGCCCACCCACAGGCACUGCCCUGCCCCUCUGGGGACCCAGAGCCGGCGAGUCCCCUGGCUGCUCUCUGGCCACGCUGGGGACAGACGGGGCGGCCGCCCCUUUCUCAGGAAGACAGCCGAGCUGCGGGAGGCGUCCCCGCCCUCCCCCCAGGGGGCUGUGGGGCCAGCCCUGCCGUGCCUUCCCGUGCGGACGGCGCGGGGACUCGGUGGCUGCCCCUCCAUGUCAAAGAUGCCUUUUCUUGCCAGAAAGUUUCCUUGUGACGAAGUCACGCACUUCUCAACCUCAGGAAUCCUGGGUCCCGUGGCUGUGCCCGCCCCCCUGUGGCCACCGGCUGUCACCUCCGUCACGGCGCCUCCCGGGGCUCAGGACCAUCCCCACGGCUGCUGCCCGCGGCACAGACCCCGGGGUUGCCGCCAACAGCCCCUGGCCGGGCGCCGGGCCUGCGUCAGGGCCGCUCCGCUCCUCGGGGCCCCCGCCGCUCUCGUCCGAGACCACGGCGGCACCGACGGCUCUGAGACCCCCGGGGAGGGUGGUGUCGGGCCGUCGACUGGGGCCAGUCACCCACGUCCCCUGCCCUAAGUAAGACGUGUGCUUACCGGACCCUUCCACUCAGGAAGCGAGGAGGCUGCAGCCCCUCUCACCGGCCUGUGGCCCCGCGGAAGCCAGCGGCCGCCGUCCCGCCCAGCCCCCGGCUCUCCCUGGCAGGGCCCUUUCUGCCCCGCCGGGCACUCACCCCCCGUGAGGCAGGCACGUGGGCCCACGAGAGUGUGGCGGGCACAGCACCUCACGGUGUUGCCAGCAAGGCUUCCCGGGGGGGGGGGGGGUGCCAACCGAACCCCGAGGCCAGGCGGGCGGCCAGGACGGUCCUGUGACCCACCGAGCAGCGGCGAAAACAGAGGCCGGGGUGGGGGGGGCCGGGUGCAGCUGGGGUCCUCAUGUUGAGGGGCAUCUUCCCCUGCGGGGGGCAGGGACCCCACGCUGGGAAGAGGCAGAAGGCUGGGUCCUGGGGAGCAGAGUGGGCUGCUGGCUGCCAGCACAGGUGAGGGGCACAGAAGCUGAGUUCCUGCAGGGAAGCCGGUGGGGCUCCCCGGUGGGAGCCCCCUCCCAUGUGGGCCCUGACCUGCUUGGGGCUGGUGGCCCCCUCCAGGUCGGCUACUGACCGCCCGUGUGCUGCCGAGAUGGGCUUGGCGGCAGCCCGGGACCCACCGUUGUCACAGCUGCCGGGGGACGAGGGGCCCCGGGGCCGGAAGCCGGCAGAGCUCCCGGGCCGCAGGUGCAUGGGGGGGAAGAGGGUGUGGGUCCCCGGCAGCUGCAGCUGGGGGCCAGGCCCGCACCCGUGGGCCCUCGAGGAGAAGGGUCCUGGGGGGCGGUGAGGUGAGGACUGCGGCCCAUCUGCCGGCCGACCUCGGGGGGGUCUGGGUCCGUGGGGACAGCCCCGCCCUGCGAGUGGCCACCGCGGCCUCCCCACUGGGACGGGGACUCUCCCUGACAGACGUCCCCGGGAACGUCCCCGGGGGCCCCUGGAGGUGACAUCGGGGCGCUCUGUGUCCAUCCACCCUCCCCACCCCGCUCCCCACUCCCUCGGAGACGACGGUGCUCCAGGAAGGUUUCCCCGGAACCGGCCGCCACCACCCCCUCCCGCCCGGGACCUGAGGGCCCCGGUGGGGGCGGCGCCCCGCGGGCGGCCACUCUGCCGCCCCAGACAGCGCCGGCCGGAGCCUGCGGGGCGGCCCGGGCCUGCAGAAGGCGAGCGCCUCGCGUGUGCUCUGCAGCCUGGUCCCCGCGCUCCCGGAGCCUGGGCCGGGGGCUCGGGGAGGGUGCGGUCCCCGCGCCAGCGCCCCUGGGCCCCCACUGGCGCCCCCAGGUGCGUCCCUGAGGAGGAAAAGGCUGCCGCCCCACGCGUCUGUCCGGGACGAGAGUCUGACGCACACCCUCCGCCUCGCACGGGGUCCGACGGGGCCCGGCCCCCCACCGCGUCUGCUCCCCGCCCGCCGCGCCCCCCGGCCCCCCGCCCGCCGGCACAGAGGGCGGUGUGGCUGCACUUCAGCCCCUUGUAAAUACCUGGGAGGCCGGGGCCGGCCGCUUUGUGAGCCGAAUGUAUCUUUAUGCAACUUCGAGUGGCCUUUCAGCCCUGAGCCCAGCGGGCUUGUCCUCCCGGUGGCGGUCACGUCACAUGACACGUGUCCCGCGCUUCAGCGUGCGGGGGGCACCGUUCACGCCUGUGUGAUGCCUGUGAGCACGACAGUGUUUGUAAGCGAGGAAAUAAAGCUGUUUCUGCCGUGUG